GUCCUAUAUUUAAAGUGUCAUGUUUCCUCUACAGUCGACUUAUUUUAUUCUUUAAACCAGGAAGCGAAAAUAAAAAAAAACAGCGCAUAAUUGGAUUUUUUAGCGACUUAUCAGAUUCAGUCAUACUUGAUAACCAAUUACUGCUUCAAAGAGUGAAAAUAUCAAGUUUUGAAAGCUUAGCUCGAUCCACAUCCCAAAUCAAACGUCAGCGCGCACUGGGAUGUGACCCAAUUUGAACGACGUCAUUUUCAAAACGACGUAACGUGUGCAUACAAAAAGAAAAAAAAAACACGGUGUGUUACAGUGUAAGGUACGAUGGCUACCCGGAAGCUGCCACCACCACCGUCCCAACCCGGGGGAGGCCGAGCGUCACUCCACGGAGCUAACCCCUCGCUGCCGACCCGGAAGGCCUCUGCCCCGCCAUUAUCAGAAAACGGUCAGGGCGACUCUGACCAGGAUGAGGAAUUCACUGAAGCCUCAUCACAGGAACUCUACAACGAAAUUAUCCGCGUCGUACAAGCCGAAGAGGGCCAGGAGCUGUACGCCGGAAGUGAUGAAGAAGAAGACGGCACUCCCCCGCCGGUUGUCCGCCGGGUCCCGCCACCCGUCCCAGAGGAGCCACAAGAGGAGUAUUCCGAAAUAGAGGGCGUCCGUCCGAAUCCUGAACCACAACAAGAGUUGUAUGAGGUGGAGCCGGAGCCACCUGGGAGCGGUGGAGCCCAUCGCCACCCCCCACCACCAGAGGAGCAGACAUAUGAAGAAACGACAACGGAGGACGGUCUAGAGAUGUACGUGGAUGUUGGGGAGGGCGAGCAGAUAGACCAGGCCGGAGCUGAGGGGGAGGUUCUGUACGAAGUGCUGCCAGAAAUAUCGGGGAAUAACCCCGUCCCCCAGUCGGGGCAAAAGAAGCCUUCCAGCCCUCCAGCCUUACCAGCCAGCCGUCCACCUGCCAGAAACCCGUCACGUGAUGCAGAUACGGCCAGAAAAUUGGACACAGAUAAUGAGUCAGAUAAUUCUCGGGAUAUUCCUCCGCUGCUCCGAAGAGUGUCGGGAGGCGAAAAGAAACCGAUGUUUAAAAUGGACCAAUCAGCGCUUAAUUCAAAACUCGGCAAACUCCGGCGAGUUGACUCGUGCGAGGAACCAAUGCCGCCAAACCAGGUCAAGGAUCCCACGAGCCCAAGUUUUCUUAAGAAUGUUCAGCUUCGACCAGUGCAAAAUAAAGUAGUGCCCCCACCACCAGCUUCGUCAAAACCCGAGGUAGCCAAGAAACCCGAGGUAGCCAAAAAACCACAACGUCAAAUGUCGGCAUCGUCGAGUACUUCGUCCAUAAAAGAGACGACUAACACGCCGCCACCCUCUCCACGAUCGCCCACAAGCCCUCCGCCGAUGCCUCCAUCAGACGCAUCCCUUACUAACGGGGACGACGGCGAGGACAUUUACGAUGAUGCCACCAGUCUGUUAGAUGAGCUGCAUGGGGAGCCGUGGUUUCAUGGCGUGCUGGGAAGGAAGGAGGCAAAGAUCAGGCUCAAAUCACUGGCGCAGGACGGAGCGUUCCUAGUCCGGCGCACCGACCGAGCAGGAGUUGCCUAUUUAUCCCAGCCGUACGUCGUUUCCACGUGGUAUGGAGGCGAAAUGUAUAAUCUUCUCGUACACACACGGACGGACGGACAAGUGGCACUGGGCAAAGCCAAAACGGAUGAGUUGGGGUUCACGAGUGUCCGGGAUCUGGUUGCAUACCACCGAGAAAAGGAUCUGCUGCUACUCGCUUCCGGUGUUCCGCGGACCACCCGCUUGACCGUCUACCCAACCAAAAACGGAUGACCUUAUUUCCCCAGUUUACGUUAUAUUACAGGAUGACGUCACUUCCGGUGAAUGUGUUUUGUCUUGCAUUUAUCGUGUGGGCAUAUGAUGUAAAAAGUAAAUAUUGAGGAUUUUCAUUUAUGUUUGAAACUAAUAAAUUAUCUCGGGUGCAAUUUUGAAUGUUCUACAUAUCAAUGUGUUUUAUCCAUGUUGUUUCAAAAUGUUCGAACAUGGCUUUUGUUAGUCUGUCAGGUUUUAAGUUUUUCAUUUUCGAAAGUAAAAUAUUUCCUUUUAAAGUUAUAGUUAGAAUUAAAAUAUUAAUGAUUAAGAAUGGGCGGAGUGAGCGUAUAGCAAAGAUUUAAUUCAGGUAAUCUAACUCACUUAGAAUACAACCUCACUGGCUGACACAUUGUCAACGCAAAAACUGACGCAAUGAGUGUGUAUCGGAUGAGUGGCAGUAGGCGGACCUUUAAACACCCGCGAAAGUUGAAAUUCAUAAUAUAGUCUAGUACUUAAUAGCUGCCUAUCUGAAGUUUCAUUGGGCCUAAAAAAAAUACAUUUGGUUCGGGUUACCCGACCCUACCUACGGAAAAGGUGCCGACCCUGCCGUUUUUAUAGUCAGUUUGAAAAAAAAAAAAUGAAAAACUAAAAAAAAAAAAAAAAAAUUUUUUUUAAAGUGCCUUUCAAUAUGAAGUUUAAACCUUAAAUGCUUAUACAGAAGAUAGCUUUAACACCAUUCUACAAUUAUGAAAAUGAUUUUCUUAUAUAAAGCCUAAUAAAUAAAAAAAGCCUACCUACCCUACCUAUUUUUGAAAAGGAUGUAACCCUAACCAAAAAUUUUUUUUAGGCCUUAGCUGUAAAUGUAGGUUGUAUUCUUAUACUCGUAAUACAAUUUGAAUGAGCAAAACUAACAAUAGCUUGAUCUCCUCUUCUGAAUUGUGCAUGUUUGAUUUUAAUAUGUAGCAGUUUACGACUCGUUAUACUUUAGCAAAGUUCCAUUGUUCCGAUUUAUUUCAAUCAAAGUCUUGCUUUGCAAAUAAGAUAUCGAAUCGUUAGAACAAAACAUUUAGAAGUUAUUUAAAGUAGAAGCUCUUUAAUCUUCAAUAAAUAAAUUGUACGCUGUAUUCUCUGAGCAUAACUGUAAAGAAAUGUAGUCUUUAACAUUACUUUUAGUGUGUAUGUUAACAAUUAAUAUAGAGAAUAAGUAAAGAACAGCCUGGAACAAAAUUGGUGUUCGUUCAAGCGAAACGGUUUCUUACGUCUGUAAGAGGACACUUUUAAAGAAAAAACGAGUAACUGUAUCUGACUUAUACGACGAUAAGUGUAUUGCAUAUAUUAAUGAGCAAAUAAAUGCAUAAAUAUAAAAAUAAAUAAAUACAGAUUUAUAAAUAGAUGAAUAGAAAUGUAUUUCCGAAAGAUAAUCAUUAGAUUUUUAUCAUGGCCUCUGUAAAUACAAUAUAUCGGCUAGUGGGAUUACUCGAAAUGAUCGUGCACUGUCCGCUUACAAACGUAAAAAGAAAAUUUUCAAUAGCUCUGCUGGGGGUAUAGUCGUGUAAUGCUUGUUCGAAAUGAUGUAAAGGGUACAUUGAGUUUUUAUUAAAUCUAAACUAACAGUAUUGUGCUAACUAAUUUGUUGUCUUAUAUAUUUGUGAACAUUUUAAUCUUUGUAUUUAUAGGUUGUGAUUAUGCUCUGUGUUAUACCUAUUCGACUUGUGCAUAUCGAACAAUGAUAUAUUUAUCAAUAAAUAGAGAAACAAUGAA